AUGGCGUUUCAAUGGGGAAACACCACGGAGAUCAUAUUCUCCUGUUGGCCCGGUCCCCGCUCCUGGGCCUUCGUGUUCUGGCUCUCUCUGCUCGUGGAGUGGAUCUCGCACGCCAGGCUCGUAAGACCCGGCAUCAGCAACGUUGCAGCUGGUCUCAUGCGGACGGCAAUGUAUACUGUUCGUAUCGUGGCGGCCUACAUGGUGAUGCUCGCCGUCAUGUCCUUUGACGUCAGUGCUCUAAUCGCCGCUGUCGCAGGCCAUGCUGCUGGAUUCUUGCUCUUCGGUAGUUGGGGCUUUAGGAAAAAGUUGCAUGGGAUGGAUUAUCAGGACCCAUCCGAUUCCCCUCCCCUGAACUCCUGA